CACUUAGCAAAUGACAUUCGCACAACAGCUGUCAGGACUGUCCUCGGUACCCCCCAGUCCCCAUCCCACGCACCUUCAAGUCCCAGAUGUUUCUUUAGCACCACAGUGUGACCCCCAGUAGAUGCCCACACCUUCCUGGUCCCCACACCCGGAAGCCCAAGAAAUUCUUCCUCACCACGAUUAAGGUUUGGGGUGCACAAAAGACAAGUUGAUGCUUAGGACAAGAAAACUAAAAUGUGUUUGCGAAGUACGGCUUCGAUAAAAGAGACAGCAUUUAAUCCCAACCAUUUCCUGUGACUUGCAUUUCUUUUUUAAAAAUUGGCCGCCUUAUCAUUUUCUUAGUCACCUUUUCUAAAGGCUUAUCGGAGGCGUAGUCCCCCCUAGCAACCUCCCAUCUGCUGGAAAACAAAAUCAGAGAGCUAUGGUGACACAUCCCUCACUGGAUGAAAACACAGGGGGGAAGCGAGCAUGCACCACAAUUUGCAUAAAACCUAUCAAUGCCCUCUUCAGACUAAUGAAAUGAAUUUUAUAUCUCCGAGAGGGGAGCGCAGCUGCCACCCGCUGCUUGGAGUAAUGAGAAGUACUUGGAACUAUGUGCAAACCACUGCCACUCCUAAUUGCCAGGCAACACCAUUGCCUUUAUUUCUCUAUUAAAAUACUCUCACUGCUGGGCAAAGGAAGCCAUCCUUGUCAAAGACUCAUCUAAUGGCUUUUCACCGCUCAAUACAGGCUUCUCGUGUUCUAGUGCAGGCCCCUGGCAUUUCAAAUCGUCGUUUAUUUUUCAACCUGUUUUCAUCAAAACCAGUGUCUUUGCUACCUUUUGUUUUCUUGCUGGCUAUCACGAAACCAUAAGGGGGACACAAUUCCAGGAGCUCUCUCUUCCUCGUUGGUCCCCGAUUAGGAUUAGCCUUUACAACAGCGAGGCAAGCGACCUUUCGCUAGGCCGUGGAAGCAGCGAACGGAACCCACCAGGCUGGAGAGCAGCGUGGGGCGCUGCGGCAGAGAUGAGGAGGGGACCUGCUGGGAUUGGGGGCCAGAAGCGGAGAAGGUGGGGAAUAGGAAUCACGCGCGUUCCUCAAGCGCACAACCCACAUUUGAGUGACAAAUGACGACGACAACCUACGAAAACAUCCAGGCGCAGACCCACCCGAGCCCAUCUCGCCGGCCGUGCGUGCGUUUUUCCAACUAACUUUGGGAACUCCAGACCCAGCGCCGCCCCGCGCGCCGCGCCGCCCUCGGCGGGCUCCCCUCCCUCCCGGCCGAGGAUGGAGGAUCCCUUCGGCCCUGCAACCCUGCCGCCCGCGCCCGGCUUGCAGACCUGGAGUCUCAACCUUACUUUGGGACAGGGAGCCUCCGUCCCGGGGUCGCCGCCGCCGUCCCCCGGGCCACCCGGCCCCCGGCUCCGCCUGGUCUUCCUGGGGGUCAUCCUGGUGGCGGCGGUGGCUGGCAACGCCACCGUGCUGUGUCGCCUGUGCGGCGGCGGCGGCGGCCCCGGGGCGGGUCCCAAGCGUCGCAAGAUGGACUUCCUGCUCGUGCAGCUGGCCGUGGCCGACCUGUACGCGUGCGGGGGCACCGCGCUGUCGCAGCUGGCGUGGGCCCUGCUGGGCGACCCGCGCCCGGCGAUCUUCGCGCCCCUACCGCGCUGGCACCUGCAGGUCUACGCGCUCUACGAGGCAGUCGCGGGCUUCGCGGCGCCCGUCGCGGUCAUGGGUGUCGCUUGCGGCCACCUGCUCUGCUUCUGGUGGCAGCGCCGGCCCCAGUUCCCUGCCGCCGGGGCUCCCUGCUCGGAGAGCCCGGUCCGCGCCGCUGCGCGCGGUGCGCUGCCCCGGGCCAAGGUGCAGAGCGUGAAGAUGAGCCUCGUGCUGUCGCUGCUCUUCGUGGGCUGCGAGCUGCCCUACUUCGCCGCCCGGCUCGCGGCCGCGUGGUCGCCCGGGCCUGCCGGAGACUGGGAGGGAGACGGCCUGGCGGCGGCGCUGCGCGUCGUGUCGGCGGCCAACAGCGCCCUCAACCCUCUGGUCUACCUCUUCUUCCAGGAGGGCGACGGCGCGCUCCGGCGGCGGCUCCGCAGGCGCCUGGGCUCCGCGUGCUGUGCGCGGGAGGGGGUCGACGAGGACAGCGAGGGGCCGGGGGGCCACCAGGCUCUGCACCGCCACCGCUGGCCCCAGCCGCAUUAUCACCACGCUCGGAGGGACGAGGGCUGCGCGCGCCCGCCCCCGCCGCGCCCCAGACUGCCGCCCUGCUCCUGCGAAAGCGCCUUCUAGGAGCUCCCGGGACGGGGGCAGCUCCUCUGUCGCCGCGGGGCAGCCUGCAGGCACCGUGAGGCGGGCGGGGUCGGCAGGGAGCUCAACCUGCAGGAAGGUCUCCGGAGACCUCCUCCGCGCUGCUGUUCUAUUUCCUUCUAAUGUUUACAUGUGCUACACUUGCCAUUUACUUUCCUCCCUCCGGUUUCUCUCGCAUUUGCGCAUUUGGAGAGAUGGAGCCAUUGGGAAGGUGUUUAAAAAAAAAGUGACAAGAGUUAUUAUUUUUGCAGUUCUCUUUCACGUUCCCAUCGUGUGCUAGAUAAGACCAUAAAUUGCCGAACUUUCACUAUUUGUUGUGUUGUCUUCUCUCUUUUUUGUUGCUUACUUAUUCUGCACCGUGCUUAAGCCAUGUGUACCUUGGGGAGCAGCAAGUUUGCCACUCCUUCUGGGAGGGAGAUACCCACAUUGCUCUCCCUGGGGAGAGUGGGAUUUGGCCCAAUAAUCGAGUCAGAAACGCAAUCAUGCU